CGAACUACACAAUGUCGUUAUAAAGCUUGGAUUCAAUGAAACGUCAAAACAGCUACGACCUUUUUUGAGAAUUAACAAGUUACGUGACGUGAAAGAAAUUCAAACGAUGCUAACUUUAUGACGUUUCCUUGCAUGACGUUUUAAUUAUGUGAUAUCGUGUCAAAUAUGAAAAAUAUAGUAGGCAAAGUAGUUGUUCUGGGUUCACAAGGUGUCGGAAAGACGAGUAUUAUAGUUAGAUAUGUUGAGAAUGUCGUCAAUCGUCCUAUCAAUCCAACUAUAGGAGCUAGCUUUUUUACCUGUAAAUUAAAUAUAGCUGAUACCGAAGUUAAAUUACAGGUAUGGGAUACAGCGGGUGAGGAAAGAUUUAAGUCAAUGGCGCCAAUGUAUUAUCGUAAUGCGAACGCCGCCAUGUUGGUAUUCGAUGUUACCCGAUAUAAUAGUUUCGCAGCUAUUAAAAAUUGGGUUACGGAAUUGAAGAGAAACGUCGAGGAACAAAUGGUAUUAACGGUUAUCGGUAAUAAAUCAGAUCUAUUUAACGAUCGAGAGGUAGACACCGAAGAAGGUAGAUGUUAUGCGAAUAAAAUCGGUGCGACUUAUCAUGAAACUUCUGUAAUACAUAACGACGGAAUAGAAAAGGUUUUUUUGGCAAUAGCCAAUGGAUUAAUAAGUUUAUCUUCUGGUAACACGGAAAUAACGUCCGCUUUAAGGAUCACCGAUUCGAACAAUUUUGGAUUGAAUAAUUCUGGUAUAUUAUUGACACCUUCCGAAGAAAUUGCACAGAAUCCAAACAUCGCACUUGGAAUAAACGAAAAGAUUCGUACUUGUUGUUGAUCCAUCCUCUCCCCUCUUUCUAACUGCAUUAUCAACGGGUGUUCAUUUCUCUCUCUCUCUCUCUCUCUCUCUUUUUUUUUCUUGCCUUUUACUUUAUACUCUUUUUCUUCUCCUUUUUUACUUUUUAAUUCGUCUUUUAAGAAGUACACCUUGUUGUCAAUGCAACAAUGUCUUAAAGAUUUAAAAAAAACAACGCGCGCGCGCGUGCGUGUGCCUGUGUGUAUGUGUGUAUGUGUGUGCGUGCGUGCGUGCGUGCGUGUGUGUGUAUGCGGAUCGUCGCCGUCUUCCACGAGAUAACAAUAACAUAUCUUUAAUCUUUAAUUAUUGUAUAUAAAAAAUUCAUAUCAUUAUAAGAGUCGACGACUAAACUUGUAACGAUUGAUUAGUUUUAAUCAAUAUAUUAUGAUUGUAGAUUGUACGAUUAAACAUUAAUGUUUGAUCGUACGCGUUUGAUAAUCUAAUAAUUAUCUUCGAUUAAAUAGAUUCACAGCCGCUAA